CUCUCACACAUCACAUACAAGACCUUACAAUGCGGCCCCUCACCGAACCCGAGACGAAAGUCCUCUUCGAGAAACUCGCGACCUACUGCGGGAAAGGCAUCUCGAACCUGAUCGCCGACCCAGCUGGCGGCAACGACCGCAAUGUCUUCCGCGUGCAGGGCUCAAGAUGCUACUAUGUCCGUGAGUCGCUCGCGAACCUUGCCACCUCCGUCGCACGCGACAACCUCCUCUCUCUUGGUAUCUGCCUUGGAAAAUUCACAAAAACGGGCAAAUUCCGCCUGCACAUCACCGCUUUAAGCGUGAUCGCGCCGCACGCAAGGUACAAGGUGUGGGUCAAGGCGAACGGCGAGAUGCCGUUUCUGUACGGAGGCAAUGUUCUCAAGGCGCAUGUGGGAAGGUGGAGUGAGGACUGCCCGGAACAUCAGGGUGUUGUGGUGUUGAGCAUGAAUGAUACACCGCUUGGGUUUGGUGUGUCUGCAAGGAGCACGGCGGAGGCGCGGAAAUUGGAUCCUACGGGUAUUGUGACGUUUAGGCAGGCGGACAUUGGGGAGUAUCUGCGUGAGGAAGAUACGCUCUUCACAACUUGAGCGGGCUGCAAGUCUUCAAGAACACCGUCACAGAUUACAAGAUAUCAAGAUUGGGCGUGGGGCGUGGGGCGUGGGGCGCAAUGCAGGUACAAGGACGCGGAGCUACCAGUCGUACUGACAGCCACACGUGCAUGCUGUAGACCUCGGAGAAGACAAUUGCGGUUGUCUCUAUGCAAUCACCCAGGUACGAGAACAGUCGGCAUUCGACAUAGACAGCAUAAAGUAGUCCAAGAGGACGAGAUAC